UUCAUGACUCUACUUUGUGAGGCGAAGAAGAAGAUCGUAGUAGCCCGAUAAUGAAGCUACGAUUGAGACAUCACGAGACGAGAGAAACCCUAAAACUUGAAUUGGCCGAUGCAGACACUCUCCAUGAUCUCCGGCGACGGAUCAACCCCACGGUGCCUUCCUCCGUUCAUCUCUCGCUCAAUCGUAAAGACGAGCUCAUCACGCCUUCGCCGGAGGAUACGCUCCGAUCUCUUGGUUUAAUAUCCGGUGACCUAAUUUACUUCUCUCUCGAGGCUGGCGAAUCUUCGAAUUGGAAAUUGAGAGAUUCUGAAACCGUAGCUUCUCAAUCGGAGAGUAAUCAGACGAGUGUUCAUGAUUCGAUUGGGUUCGCAGAGGUUGAUGUUGUCCCCGAUCAAGCGAAAUCUAAUCCUAAUACCUCCGUAGAAGAUCCAGAGGGAGAUAUUUCGGGUAUGGAGGGUCCAGAGCCGAUGGAUGUUGAGCAGCUUGACAUGGAGCUCGCUGCAGCUGGAAGCAAAAGGCUAAGUGAACCAUUCUUCUUGAAAAAUAUACUGCUUGAGAAAUCUGGUGAUACUAGUGAGUUGACUACUUUGGCUUUGUCAGUACAUGCUGUUAUGUUAGAAUCUGGAUUCGUGCUGUUGAAUCAUGGCUCUGACAAGUUUAACUUUUCAAAGGAGUUACUUACAGUAUCCCUGAGGUAUACUCUACCUGAGCUGAUUAAGUCUAAGGAUACAAAUACAAUCGAGUCAGUUUCUGUGAAGUUUCAGAAUUUAGGCCCUGUGGUUGUAGUUUACGGAACUGUAGGUGGAUCUAGUGGGCGAGUGCAUAUGAAUCUUGAUAAGCGUAGGUUUGUUCCUGUUAUCGACUUGGUUAUGGAUACUUCUACAUCUGACGAAGAAGGCUCUUCGAGUAUCUACCGUGAAGUGUUCAUGUUCUGGAGAAUGGUAAAAGAUCGCCUUGUUAUCCCGUUGUUGAUUGGUAUUUGCGAUAAAGCUGGCUUGGAACCUCCACCGUGUUUGAUGCGCUUACCAACAGAGCUAAAGCUGAAGAUACUAGAGUUGCUUCCUGGUGUGAGUAUUGGAAAUAUGGCUUGUGUUUGUACAGAAAUGCGGUAUCUGGCAUCAGACAAUGACUUGUGGAAGCAGAAGUGCUUGGAGGAAGUUAAUAAUUUUGUUGUGACAGAAGCGGGUGAUUCAGUUAAUUGGAAGGCGAGGUUUGCUACUUUUUGGAGGCAAAAACAGCUUGCUGCUGCUAGUGAUACUUUUUGGAGGCAAAACCAGCUUGGAAGGCGGAACAUUUCCACGGGAAGAAGCGGCAUACGAUUCCCUCGAAUCAUUGGAGACCCUCCUUUCACAUGGUUUAAUGGGGAUCGCAUGCAUGGAUCCAUUGGUAUUCACCCGGGACAAUCAGCACGUGGGCUCGGCAGACGAACAUGGGGACAGCUCUUUACUCCCAGAUGCAAUCUUGGGGGACUCAACUAGCAAACAUACCGAGUGUAAAAAUGGAACUGUUGAAUCUUUCUAAAGGUAGGAGAAGUAGUAUAUGGCUUUUCCGAUAUCAGCAAAUAAAUUGGGAGGACACUAAUAUAGUAAUAUGUUUGAUCUUUAAAUGUUUAUUUGGUUUUGAAUGAUUUUCUCUUCUUCUUGCCAUGAUAUGUUACAUGGUUGCUCUCUUAUGAGUUUCUUUCUUUCUGUAAAGCUUUUGAUCACCCGAUAUAUAUGGCUUCUUAUAUUUUGUUUCUAUUGCUCUUAGAUUUCAUGUUUGCAAACGGACUGUGAUGUUGCAAACGAAAUUUUCAUACAUAUUUUAGAAAUUUAUACUUCGCAAUAACAUUUGUAUCAUUUAAAUAAUACACCAUCUCGUUUUGAUAU